CGCACAUUGGGCGCUACGUCAUCCGGAAGUGCAGGUGCACCGUUACAAAACAUUUUCAACUCCGGAUUAUUUGUCCGAGUUUCUGGUCGUGUUUGAAGGGAUCUCCGUCUGAACAUCUGCCGUGGAUGUAAGAGGGAAGAGCUGGAGAUAAAAAAAAUGGCUUUAAACCAGAAUCACUCGGAGGCAGGGGGAGUUAUCAUCAACAACAGUGAGAGUGUUUUGAUGUCCUAUGAGAAUGUCGAGCUGACGUUCAGCGAUGCAGACAGCUUGCCAGACCUGUUUAGAAAGAGCAGGAAAGGGAGUAUCUAUCUCACACCCUACAGGGUGAUCUUUGUGACAAAGGGGAAAGAGGCUUUGCAGUCAUUUAUGAUGCCGUUCUACCUGAUUAAGGGCUGUGAGGUGAAACAACCUGUGCUCGGAGCCAACUACAUCAAGGGUACCGUCAGUGCUGAACCAGGAGGUGGUUGGGAGGGUUCUGCAACCUUCAAGCUGAUCUUUGUCUCUGGUGGAGCUAUUGAGUUUGGACAGUACAUGCUGCAGGUGGCUGCUCAGGCCUCCAGAGGGCAGCCUGUUACCCCCAAUCUUGGGUGUCCAUACAUGGCUAAUGGUGCGUAUGCCUACCCACCUCCACCUCCAGCUAACGGCAUCUACUCCACUGGACCACCUCCUCCUGGCUAUUCGUACCCUGCUCCUCCACCUCCAGGUGCAUUUUAUCCCAGUCCUCCAGGUUUUGAUGGUGCUGCAGCCUACGUUCCCCCUCCACCUUACUCCGCUUCACUGGCCCAAGCCCCUCUAGACCCUGACCUACCACGUACACCUGCAGCGGAGGCUAAAGCAGCUGAGGCAGCAGCCAGUGCAUCUGCUCCUCCUGCUCCUUCUCAUGUUUACCUGCCAGAUGACAAGCCACCACCUUACUCACCACCUGAAGACAAGAAGAACCAGUAAAUUUAACCAGCAAUCCCAAAGCCAGCCCUGAAACUCCUCACUCAAUGGUCUGUCUCUCUCUCUCUCUCUCUCUCUGACACACACCUACACACCUUCUGAGCAGCAUUUCAUUUAAUUAACUCUAAUACCAGGAGUCUAUUCCAAUGAGCAGUAAAAAUAAAAAGUCAUGUGAGUGAGAAGAAAUGAAAUUUGCAGGGAUUAUCAGGAGUCACGACAGAGAAUUCCUUAUAUUAUAUUUUGCAUAUGUCAAGCGCUGACUGGACUCGAUUUGUGAGUUUAUUUUUUGUGGAGCUGGCCCUAGUUGACCACGUUUCAUAGGAUACAGGACCAGCACGUUUUGGAUGGACUGUUCGAUGAGGAACACUAAUCACUGCUGU